AUGGCUUGGGGAUUCUUCCGAGAUCUCCUAAGUGGAGUGAAUAAAUAUUCAACAGGAAUUGGCAGAAUCUGGCUGGCUAUUGUAUUCAUAUUCCGCCUGCUUGUCUAUGUUGUGGCUGCAGAACAUGUCUGGAAAGAUGAACAGAAAGAGUUUGAAUGUAACAUUAAGCAACCUGGCUGUGAAAAUGUCUGCUUUGAUCACUUCUUCCCAGUUUCCCAGGUGAGGCUCUGGGCCUUGCAACUGAUUAUGGUCUCCACCCCGUCACUUCUUGUUGUUCUCCACGUUGCCUAUCGAGAAAACAGAGAAAAGAGACACAAAACGAAGCUGUAUAAGGACCCAGGAAGUAUGGAUGGGGGAUUGCUGUGCACCUAUCUCAUCAGCCUCCUUUCCAAAACAGGAUUCGAAAUUGGUUUCCUCUUUUUGUUUUACAAGCUGUAUGGUGGAUUCAACGUGCCCCGUCUUGUGAAAUGUGACAUGAGUCCAUGCCCCAACACUGUUGAUUGCUACAUAUCCAAGCCUACUGAGAAGAAAGUCUUCUUGUAUAUUGUAUUGGUGACAUCCUGCUUAUGUAUAGUCUUAAAUGUCAUCGAAUUCAGCUAUUUGGUUUUCAAAUACUCCAUCAAAUGCUGUUUCAGGAGAUAUUUCAAAAAAGUUCAAGAUUCCAAACGUGAACAAAAAAAGUUAAAUUCUAUGGAUGACAAUAGAACCACCUUUGAACUUGGCAAUGAUUCGGCCGGUAUCUUUAUCCAAGGAGAUGAAAGAAACCUGCCCACCUGUCAAUGUGAAGAAUAA